AUGACAGACGAAAUCGAACAAAGAGAAGAGGUGCCGAAGUCUCGAAAGAGAACGGGCAAGAAUCAACCGGUCCAAGAUUCAAAAUGGCGACAACAGAAACUGGCUGCCUAUCGACCGGUCUUUAAUGCGACUUCGGUUUUCCCAUGGACAACGAUUCUCGGGGCGAUCUUUCUCGGCAUUGGGAUACUGCUUUUUGUCACGAAUUUAAAUGCAAAAGAGAUCGUGAUCGAUUACACGAAUUGUCGAAAUCCGAAUGGAUCCGAUGUGAAUGAAUUCAUUGAAUCAAAUGACGGAGCAUUCAUCUCACUUAUUGAAAGGACCGAGCACGAAGGAGAAACAACGCUUAAUUGCCAAUUUCGCAUUAAUCUCACUGAGGAUUAUUUUGGUAAUGUCAAAAUCUACUAUGGUCUUCGUAAUUUCUAUCAAAACACUCGAGGUUAUGUGAAAUCGAGAAGUGAUAUUCAGUUGGCAGCAGCGAGUCCGAGUGAUUUAUUGAAUACGGGUGAUUGUGGAUCUGAUGACAGCAAGGAUACAAUUGAAAGAGAUGGAGAAAAUAAGACUCUCGUCAUUGCACCUUGUGGGAAAAUUGCUUUCUCGAUGUUCAACGAUACAUUCAAGUUGACAUACAAGGAUAUAAUUGAAGUCCCAUUGACCACACGAGGAAUGGUUCAUGAAACGGAUAUGGCCAAAAAAUUCAAGAAUCCACCAUUGCCCGCUGGAAGCUCAAAUCUCUGUGACGCGUUUGCGAACACGACAAAGCCGAAAUCAUGGCCUGCGCCGAUUUGUGAGAUUUUCAGCAAAUCCGAAGCUGGACAGGGAUUUGCAAAUAAAGAUUUUCAAGUCUGGAUGGAACCGGCUGCUUUACCUCAUUUCCGCAAGAUUUAUCGCCUUCUCGAUCGAGAGGCUGAUAUCUUUUCGAAGGGAUUACCAAAGGGAGAGUACACUUUGACGAUCACCUACAAUUACCCAGUAGAGCCUGGCGAGUUGAAUAUCAACAAAACAUUCAUCAUUGCAAUUGAGACAUGGGCUGGACCAAAGAACUUGUUUUUACCAAUAGCCUAUAUAAUUGUCGGUGGAGUUCAUUUGUUCAUCAGUGCCGCUCUCUUCGGCCUCUAUAUCCGAAUGAGAUACAAAUCGGAU